GUUUCUUUGACUUCAACUGCUGACUCUGGAAUGUAUUUUUUUUCCUGGAACUAAAUUUCCAAGAUUAUUCUUCACCAUGUCGAGGCAGCCAGCACAAUAUCACCCGCAGGGUGCCUAUUUGGCUCUGAUGAGAGGUUUGAAUGAGGUGGACCUUUGUGGCCCUCCUGUGCCCUCUAACCUGAUUCUGACAGGAGACCAUGCCUUUCCUUUGGUUAUGAACAACCAAGGCCAAGUCCUAAUGGCGGCCUCUCAGUAUGGCUCCGGAAGGAUUGUGGUCUUGGGUCAUGAGGCCUACCUGACGACAGUCGCUGCUCUCGUAGAAAAUGCACUGACCUGGCUGAGAGGAGACAGAACAGAGAACCUGUCAGUGGACGUCCACACAAGCGUUAAAGCAGUGGUUGAUUAUCUCAGCAGAUCCAGUUUCCAAACCACAGUUGUGGGGGAAUUCCAAAAGAAUACGAAUGCCGGUGUGUAUGUAACAGAUGCCUACAGCCUUGGUACGGAUGUAAAGGACCUGGUGGCUUUCUUGAAAAACGGUGGGGGAGUGUUGAUCGGAGGGCAAGCGUGGAAUUGGGCUGCAAAUCACCCAAAGGAAAACACUCUGUUUCAGUUUGGAGGGAAUAAACUUUCUGGUGUGGCCGGGAUUUACUUUUCUGAACAUCAGGGGGAGGUUGAAUGUCUGCCUGUGUACCCUCAGAUUCCAUCUUCCUGGAUGGGCGUCGUUGUUGGUAAGGAUUUUGAGGAAGACCUGGAGUUCUUGCUAAAGGGGAUAUCCCAGUUUGACAUCUCUGGUAAUGCGCUUGCUUCUGAGAUUCUUGUUCAUGGCCAGCUUGCCUUCCCUGUGGCAAUGGCAGACGAUGGACGGACAUUUUUGGCCGCCUCCUAUUAUGGACUGGGGCGCGUCAUUGUCGUGAGCCACCAAGGGUUUCUGCAAAGAGAGGUGUUGGCUCCAUUUUGGAACAACGCAAUUCACUGGUUGACCAAUGACCGACAUGGCACUGUUGGUAUCGAGAAACAAGACGUCUUUAAACAUUUCAAGAAAUCUGGCUUUAAGUGUGAGAAGACAGACUUCCGGAAAGACCUGAGUGUGUUUGUGGGCUCAGUAAACAAUGACAAAUAUGCAGAGGAGAUCCACGACUUUGUAGCAGAGGGGGGAGGCCUGUUGAUUGGUGGCCAUGCCUGGUACUGGGCCCAAAAACACAAAGACCAAAACCAAUUUACAGAGUUCCCAGGAAACAAAAUCCUCAAUACAAUGGGCCUGAGCUUGUUGAGUGCAACCAUUAAGGGAGGUGUCUUCAAGGCCCCUGUGCCCAGCAAGACCGUCAAAGACACCUACCACUUCCGCCACCUUCUGCAGCGCUUUGCUGCUCAUGUAACUCAGGGAGAGAACCUUACCCAGCAUGAGGAGCAGUGCCUUAAAAGGCUUGGAAAUGACUGUGCGACCUUCUUAAAGAUGAAUGCCCACCACUGCUGCCCAUAUAAUCAGGUCCUGUCCACCCUCACAAAUGUCCUGAAAAGAUCUGGCAUGCCUCAGGUAUGUGACAGCUGCCCAGUGAAGUCUCCCAAAGACCACCUCCUUCUCAGUGUGGGAGCAGAGGUAUACAAGUUUAGCCCCAAUCCUGACAGUCUGAUGCCUUACCUAAUCAAGCAGAAUCCCCAGUUACCUGUUGUCUACGACUACACGAUUCCAUUGAACGUCAACACAGCAGAAAGGGAUGAGUGGAUCAGUACAGGUCUCUACCUCUCUCCCGGCAUGAAGACCUACAUGGCGUUACCUGCACAGAUUGUCAACAAGGGAUGGAAGGUCCAAAUUGGUUGUCAGACAGACCAUCUUCAGCAUGAAAGCUUGAAGAGGGCACCUAAAGUUCAUGAGCGAUUUCUUGUUAACACAGAGAUGUUGCUGGUGUGGAACUUAUGGGGGGGUCUGGUCUACUUGGUGGCCCCACCAAAAACCCAAAUGAAAGGCCUAGAGGUCAAAGUGCAGAUAGCUGUGCCAGCGCCUUAUUAUAAAUCGGGUGCCACAACACCAGCUGAUUGGUCUCUGCGGCGCACAGCUCCUGCCCCCUGGGCCGAGUUGGAGUUUGAGAACAUUAUCCUCACUGUACCGUCAGAUGUCGUACGGACGCUAGAUCAGCCAGAUUUGUUGGCGGCGUUCUGGGACACCAUCAUGAGAAGCAUUGCUGACCUGGCUGCAAAACCACACACAUAUGCCCGUAAAGAACGCUUUGUCGCAGAUGUGCAGAUUUCUCAUGGGUCGAUGCAUUCAGGAUACCCAGUUAUGAUGCACAAGGCCUCAGCAGCUAAUCUGGUCAAUAUUGAGCAUGCCAAGAGCAAAGGUAUGUGGGGGUCAAUUCACGAGCUUGGACACAAUCAGCAGAGAGCAUGCUGGGAGUUCCGACCACACACCACAGAGUGCACAUGCAACCUUUGGUCAGUGUAUGUGCAUGAAGAGGUGUUAGGGAUCAACAGGGCAAAGGCUCACAGCGCAAUCACUCCAGACAAAAGAAAGAGUCGAUUGGAGGACUUUGUAAAAGAGGGCAAGCCACUAGGCAAGUGGGCGAUGUGGGUGGCUCUGGAAACAUACUUACAGCUCCAGGAAAGAUUUGGUUGGGAUGCUUUCAAGAGCGUGUUUGCUGCUUACCACACCAUAAGCAACAUUCCAAAGGACAACAAUGGAAAGAUGAACCUCUAUGCCGAGACCUUCUCGCAGACGGUGAAAAUGAACCUCUCUGGGUUCUUUAAGGCCUGGAGCUGGCCUAUAGAGAGAGCUACUGAGGAGAAACUAUCCAAACUUCCUGCCUGGACUGACCACCCCAUGGUCAAGCAUGGCUAAACGUUUGACUGGUGUUGAUUUGAGUGCGGGAAUCGUUAGAAUCGCUGCUUCGACUCCAUUUGUUUUAUCAUUGUGACAUGGUUAACAUAUUUUAAACUACUCUUUGAAAGGUGUCCCUCCUAAAUAGGUUCUCAUAGACGUAAGUUUUCCUUUUAUAUGGGUAAAACAAUGACUCUUACAGUAUAUAUUAAUGACAUAAAUAAUAACAAUGACAGCAAUGAUUUUAAUGAGCUACAACCAUGUGGCGCUAAUAACAGCCAUUAAAAAGGAAACAAUAAAUAUUUACACACAAAAUAAAUCACACCUCUGCUAUUUCAGUUAAUUUAGUAUUCAUUAUUAAUAGUAUGAACUUGAAAUAUGUGUCAACUACAGGCUUAAUAUACAGUAUGAAUUCUUGAAUGCAUGAUUCAAAAUGUAAAUCAGUGAUAAGUCACCAAAACAUUUACCGUAGUCUUGUUCAUUCAAUGGCCAAAUUGGAUUUGAUCAACAAACCUCAGUUCUUACUGUCCAAAUUCCCUAACCGCUUUUGAAUGUGAAUAAUGUGAAACGUCCGACCUCACAUAUAACGAUUAUCACAUACUGGUACUUUAUUGUUGUCGUCCAAAAAGGAAACCCUUUCAAAGUAUCCUAUUUGACAUUAAUUAUAGCACAAGAUAAUGACAAUCAAUGUCUCAUCUUAAUUAGAAUACACAAGAAAACAUUGCAUUCAUUUCCAAGGCUAUAGGAGUUAAAAAUUUGAAUAUUUUGUGUAAGAAGUAUUAUUUUGAUUCAUUAUUAUUUUAAUGUAUGUCAAUUACUCACUAUUCAUAUAAUAAGGGAACAAUAUAAAUUAUUUUCUGCAAAAACUGUCAUUCUAAUUACCGUAGUUACAGGGGUAGAAUCGGCCAUGUCAAUGUUAACAUGUUUUGAACCAAAUACGUAAUCAUUCAAUGAUCCUGAAAUGUUUUUCCAGAAAAUUGCAGGGUCAUUGAAUGAUUACAUAUUUGGUCUCAACUAUAAUCUGACAAAAACACAGGAUGGCACUGUAACAAUAUCAAUUAAUAUUUAAAUAAUUUCUUUUUUUGUGGAUUCUUGGAUCUGUUUCGGGGGAGCCUUUUGGCUUUGACUCGGUUGUUUGCAAUAGAGACCACUCUCCUCGCCAGAGUCCGCAUGUAGAGACUGCCAGCCCAGCGGAGGAUGGUGUGGAGCAUCGCGGAGGCAGCCGCUGUGUAUGUGGGUUUUGGUGUUUUUGUUUUGUCGUUUGUCUAUGCAUGGUGCAGUCAUACAGUUAGUGCAAAAUAUGUAGAAUUUUUUUUUUUUUACUAUUUUUUGUUUGACUUUUGUGGCUUUAGAAAUGGCACUGCUGAGGUGGCA